UAAUGUUUAAAGGUUCGUUCAGACGAGUUGUACCUUAUCUCACUCUCCGCAUAUACAGAUAAAUCACAUUGCAAUUGUAAACAAUGAGCGACAGCGAUGAUGAUCCUCCGCGAUUGAGCUCGAGCACGCUUGCUGCAUUGGAGGAGUUUUUAAAGGAGAAGGAAGAGCGUGAGAAUUUGUUGAAAUCUCACAUCUCUAAGGAAGAUCAAAUACCGAGUACUCCCUUCGAUGAGGAUUGGCAAUUGAGUCAAUUCUGGUACAAUGACGAAACGAUAGAGGCUUUUGUCAAAGGUGCUUUAAAUUCCACGCCAAAAAAUGGGAAGAUCGCGCUGGUUUCUUGUCCGACGCUUUAUACUAAGUUGAAAAAGGAAUGUGGUGAACGGCAAAUUACACUGUUUGAGUAUGAUAGUCGUUUCAAGAUAUUUGGUACAGGCUUUGUACCAUAUGACUACAAGUUUCCUCUGGAUGUGCCCAGAGAUAUGUCUAGUCAGUUCGAUUUGGUUAUAGCAGAUCCACCGUUCCUCUCGGAGGAAUGUCUAACCAAAACGGCAGUGACGAUCAAAUUUUUGACCAAGAAACACAUUGUGCUCUGCACAGGAGCUGUUAUGGCGGAGUUAGCGGAGAGACUACUGGACGUCAAAAAGUGCGACUUUAUUCCAGGCCACAAGAACAAUUUAGCGAAUGAAUUUUAUUGUUACUCAAAUUUCAAUUUCGACAAAGUUUUGAAAUAGGAUACAAACAGUAUUUAACAGAGAUAUGUUUAUAUAUUUAUGAUAAAUAUUAAUAAAUA